AGAAACAUCAAUCUUGACAAGUAGGCUGUGGGGCAGCUCCUCCCAGUGGGGCCCUAGGGAGUGGCCGCCUGUCUGUGACACUUACCCUCCAACCUGAUGUCUUCUGUUGAGGGAGCUGGAGCUCCCAGCAGCCUGAGCCCAGUUGGAGCUAGGGGACUGAUCCUACAGGCCUCCAGCUGAGGGCUUUCUGAUGGACCUGCAACUCUGCCUUGCAGCUUGAAGAGCUACGAUGGCAGUCAACAAGGGCCCCACCUUGCCGGAUGGAGACCUCCCUGAGCAGGAAAACGUGUUGCAGCGGGUCCUGCAGCUGCCAGUGGUGAGCGGCACCUGUGAGUGCUUCCAGAAGACCUACACCAGCACCAAGGAAGCCUACCCACUAGUGGCCUCUGUAUGCAAUGCCUACGAGAAGGGCGUGCAGGGUGCCAGCAGCCUGGCAGCCUGGAGCAUGGAGCCGGUGGUCCGCAGGCUGUCCACCCAGUUCACAGCUGCCAAUGAGCUGGCCUGCCGCGGCCUAGACCACCUGGAGGAAAAGAUCCCAGCCCUCCAGUACCCUCCUGAGAAGAUUGCCUCUGAGCUGAAGGACACCAUCUCUACUCGCCUUCGCAGUGCCAGGAAUAGCAUCAGUGUGCCCAUCGCCAGCACUUCGGACAAGGUCCUAGGGGCCGCUCUGGCCAGCUGUGAGCUCGCCUGGGGGGUAGCCAAAGACACUGCUGAGUAUGCUGCCAACACCCGGGCGGGCCGGCUGGCCUCUGGAGGGGCCGACUUGGCCCUGGGUGGUGUUGAGAAGGUGGUAGAGUUCCUCCUCCCUUCAGCCAAGGAAGACUCAGCCCCUGCUCCAGGACACCAGCAGACCCAGAAGCCCCCCAAAGCCAAGCCGAGCCUUGUGCACAGGGUUGGGGCCCUGGCCAACAUCCUCUCUCGACACACCUUCCAGACCACAGCCCGGGCACUGAAGCAGGGCCAGGCCCUGGCCAUGUGGAUCCCAGGCGUGGCACCCCUGAGCAGUCUGGCCCAGUGGGGCGCAUCGGUAGCCAUGCAGGUGGUGCCCCGGCGGCAGAGUGAGGUGCGGGUGCCCUGGCUGCACAACCUCACUGCCUCCCAGGAGGAGGAUCACAAUGACCAGACGGACACCGAGGGAGAGGAGACAGAGGAGGAGGAAUCAGACACCGAGGAGAACAAGCUCAGUGAGGUAGCAGCCCUGCCCAGCCCACAAGGCCUCCUGGGCAGUGUGGCCCACACGCUGCAGAAGGCCGUCCAGAGCACCAUCUCAGCCGUGACAUGGGCACCUGCGGCCGUGCUGGGCUCAGCAGCGAGGAUGCUACACCUCGCCCCAGCCCGUGCUGUCUCCUCCACCAAAGGGAGGGCCAUGUCCCUGUCAGACGCCCUGAAGGGCGUCACUGACAACGUGGUGGACACAGUCGUGCACUAUGUCCCGCUCCCCAGGCUGUCGCUGAUGGAGCCCGAGAGCGAAUUCCGGGACAUCGAGGAGGCCGGGCGCCGGGAGGCGGAGCGCAGGGCGUCUGGGGCGCCGGAGCCCACGCCGCGCCCCCCGCAGCCCCGCGGCGGCCCGCGGCCCGCGCGCGGCCCCGGGGCGCCCCCCGGCCCGGGACCCGAGGACAGGCUGGACGCGCCCGCCGCGCCGCGCCCCGCCUUCCCGGCGGCGGCCCGCGAGAAGCCCACGCGCAGGGUCAGCGACAGCUUCUUCCGGCCGAGCGUCAUGGAGCCCAUCCUGGGCCGCGCGCAGUACAGCCAGCUGCGCAAGAAGAGCUGAGCCCCGCGCCCCGGGGCCCCGGGGCCCCGGAGCCCGAGCCUCGGUCCCGCCGCGCUGCCGAGGCGCGCGUCGUCCUGGCCCCGCUUUCGGGCGUCGCGGCCACAACCUGUUUUUAAGAAGCAUCCGAGCAGCAGCUUGCUUGGACUCUACGCUUGGCGGCUUUUUGUUUUGUUUUGCUCUGUCUUUUAAACGAAGGGAUUACUUGUCUGACUUGAUCUCUCACCUCUUUAACCAAAGUUGUGGCCAAAUGACAUUUGACAGUUUCCAAAAUUAGGCAGGAGUCUCUGACGUGUGUUUAAAGGCCUGAGUCGGGGAUUCCUCUGAGUACCCAGGCUCCUACUUCGAAGGGAGCGUCAAUCAGGUGCGAAAGCGGUUGUACGUUUAUAUUAAAUACGCCCCCCCCCCCCCCCCCCCCUUACUGAGUACGCGGGACUCCGCAGGGCGAGCCCCGGCCUGUGCUCUGUAGCGCCACCUCCUGGCUCACGGCCACACUGCCACUUGCAUCCCGCCCGCCUUGCAUCCACCGCCCUUUGAAGGCGGGCGCCCCCCGCUGCCGGGGGACGGCCAACGGCGACUGCGUAGACCAUACGUGUGGACGCUAGUAGCCACGAUUCAUUCCAAGCCCUAUUUUUGAAAAUGUCAAUAUUUGGUAAAUCUAGGGAAUGCGUAUAUACAUUUUAAUUCAAAUAUUGCAAAAGGGCGUGUGUCCUCUCUGACCCAUUCCCCUUCACAAAAACCACCGCGCUGCCAGUCUCUGGUGUAUCCUGCAGGUCCAGGCGGUGCAUGUGAAACCCAUGUGCGGAGCCCCGUCCCCCCCGCCCCCCGUUUUGCCCACACAGCUGUGGGAUGAUAUCCUGCUUUCUUGAUUGAACAAUACAUCUUAGAGAUCUUUUUGUUUCAGCACCAUAAAUCCUCCUUGCUCUGUUUAAUGGCCAUGUAGUAAGUGUUUCAUGAUGUACAUGUGCUAUCCGUGGUUUCCUAUUGAUGGAUUUUUAGGUUGUUUCCUUUUUUUUUUUUUCUUUUGGUCCUGCAAACAGUGCUACAAUAAAUGUCUGCAUAUAAAAUGUUUUGUGUAGAUAUAUCUAUAGGAGAAAUUUAUAACUUGGAACCAUGGCAUGCUGGGUGAAAGAGUAUGUGCAUUUUAACUAUUAUCAGAUAAUAGCAAGUAGCCUUAAACCAAAUUCAGUUUUCCUUGUUACUGUCAUCUGCAGCUACACAGAUAAUUCCUACCUCUCCGUCAGACCCGUGAGCACCCUCUUGGCCCCCACUCUGUUGCACACCUGAAAGCCCAGCUUUUUGAAACUGAGUCUGGGUCCUGGCAGAUCUUUGGUGUAAUGAGUCCUUGGCCUUGAUGCUUGGUUUUGGAAUCUGAAGAUGCCCAGGAUGGGGAGAUGGAAGUGCCGGUGGACAUGCACCUGUGGACACGACCAGGACUCUGAGCUAGCCUUGGGCACUCCACCCCCACCUCUACAAUCCACACCACUACCAGCAGUUCCCUGAGGAGGGAGUAUAAUCUGGCAAGAGGGGCCCUUAUAAGCCAAUAUGGCAGGGGCUAUAAAGAUCGAGUCCAGCCUAGCCCUGACAGUGCUCCUGUGGGUAGCUGCUGGUGCAGUGACCUCAGGCCUCAGUGUGCAGAGAGGAACACCCAGCUGUUCUGGACUCACCUGUCCAUGCUGCUUUCUUCCUGGAGCUUCAGAAACCACACUCCUGACUGUCCACUCUUCCAUUGUCCUGUGGCUCUUCCUUCUAGACCAUACUCCAGUUGGCACAAAAACUGCCCUCUCAGCAGCCCAGAAGAACUGGGGCCUUGACAGGACAAUAGCAAUCAACAUACCUGCUGGCCAGGCCCGUACCCCCCACCCCCACCCCUCAGGUGUUGGGGGCCAGUGUAUGGGAUAGGACAGCUCAGGAAACAGUUUAAGUUGUAAAAGAUUCUUUUUACCGUUAGAAACCUCUUGAUUAGGUAGCAAAGUGCUCUGAGCCUGGACCUUGGGGCUUCUGAAUACUUUUUGGAGAGAAAUGAGAGCAAAAUACCUCCUCUAAAUGAUACAAAUGUACUUCAUUGUCUGGUGUGAGACUCUUCACUGUUCCUAGACACAUCACUUUGGCAAGUCUCCUUGCUCAUGUGAAUGUGAAGGCUCAUCCACACUCAUCUUUGUUGCUCAUGACCUCAGGAAGACCUUCACUUCACACUGGGAUGUCAAGGCCCCUUUCCUUAUCCUCUCUCUUCUAGUCCAGCUCCUGAAAUGCACCUCCAACUUAAUCACAGCUUUCAGAGAUGGAAAAAUAACAAUUACAGCCCAUAAAAUA